AGUUAUAGUGUAUGGUCCGCUGUAUUUAACUGCAUACUCAUUUUUUUGGUUAAGUGUUUUUUUCAUCAGAAAUUAAUCAUAACGGAAAGCUAACUUUUAGCGGUCUAAAAACUGGUGAAACAAUUUUGUUUGAAAUCGCUUUGCUUACAAUAUAUUCUUGGUGAUAAUAAAGUGUCUGUACGUGACGCCGAAGAAUAAGUUAUCUGACAUCUUCAACUUUUACUGGCGUUUGUAAUAAACAAAGCCCUUUUUUGUACUGCAAAUCUCAAUAACGCAAAAAUGAGCGACCAGCAAGCAUCAACCAGUGCUAGCCGCAUGCGAAAAUUUCGAGAAAAGCAAAAAGAGAAAGAUCCAAACUUUACCGGUAAUGAGACUAAAAGAUUGCGUGAGCUUCGUAAACGAAAAGCAGAAAAUCUUUCUGAAGGUGAGUUAAAAGCAAUUUCACUUAAGGAAAGGGAUAAGAAGAGAUUGCAAAGGGCAAAAAAGCGGGUUGAACUUAAAAAUCCUACUGAUUCUCCUGUAAGUACUGAAUCUCCGUACAAGUCGAAACAGACUUUAUCUAAAGCUGUUCAAAAGUCUCUAAAAGCACUGCCUCAAUCAUCAACAAAGAAAAAAGCAGUUGUUACAGAACUAGCGCGUAAAAUGAACAUUGCUCUAGCAGAAAGCCCAAACAUUAGCACAUCAGGUGACGGUACACGUUAUGACGAUGUGAAAGCAUUUUACUAUCGUCCGGAUAUUGUGUAUACCUGCCCAGGCGCAAAUGAUUUCAUCGUUGUUUGGAAAACGGCAUUAAGAAGAAGUGUCAAAAGCAUUAUUUGA